AUGCUAGAACUAAUCCUAGAGAAUGAAGCUGGUCAGGUGGUUGAAGUUUCAGUGGGUGAGCAUUUUGAGGAUAGUGAUCAUAACCGCUUUUUCCCAGGUAGCGCUCAAAGCUGUGAAGCAUUUCUGCGGCAUAAGAUGACCUUAAUUUCCCCUUCAAUUCUCAAGAAAUAUGGAAUCCCAUUUGAUAGGAUAACUCAAGAGGCAGGGGAGUUUAUGAUCACAUUCCCCUAUGGGUAUCAUGCUGGAUUUAAUCAUGGUUUUAACUGUGCUGAAUCAACAAACUUUGCCACAUUAAGAUGGAUAGAGUAUGGAAAACAUGCUGUCCUGUGCUCGUGCCGGAAGGAUAUGGUAAAAAUUUCGAUGGAUGUUUUUGUGCGCAAGUUUCAGCCUGAACGUUACAAGUUGUGGAAAGUAGGAAAAGAUACAAUUUUCAUUGACCACACACGAGCCACUCCAGAAGCAGUUGAAUUUCUUGGUGGAGAAUUAAACUCUGUAACUGCAAAGAGUUUGAAGGACCAGGAUGCUGAUACUGCUGAAAUGGAAUUGGAUGACAAAGUUGAAAAAGAAGUAUCCACCCAACAGGAUGAUGGUGAUGAAAUAAAAAGUCCAAUACAACAUCGUAUUGGAGCAAAAAGGCACAAAGUUUGUCUUGAACUGCCGCAAGAAGUGAGUGAAAAUACUGCCAUCCUGAAAGAAUGUGAAGAGAGUAAUCCUGUUCCACUAAGUGAGUCUGGAGACUCUAAGGGAAUAAUGAGAAAGGAUGAGGAGGAAUGUGGUAAAGUGGCAAGUGAUAGUACUGUUCAAGAAUCAGCUUCAGCACAAGUUGAGCCACACGUUGAAAAUCUUCCACGAGAAGAGAAACUUACAUUGAAGCGAACCAUGUCCAGCUCUGUAGACACACCUGUUACUGUGUUAAACUUCUCUGUGGCCACUCCAUCACAAAAUACUCCUAGCCCACUUGUGAAAUCAUUUGAAUCCAGCUCAUCUGAUUCAGAGAUGACAAGCACUCAAAGUUCAAGCCAAGAGAGUGCUUCAGAGGACUCUGAUAAUAGCCCAGACUGGAACGAGCCAGUUAAAACAAAUGUUGGAACAAGCCUCAAUGAACAGGAUCUUGCAGAGAUGGCCGAGCAGUAUAUGAAAGAAAUGAAAUCCAAGAAGAAAGCCAAGAGUCGGCGUCAGCCCCUUAGUAAACCACCGCGACAUCAUCCACUUUCUGUGGUAAAGGACUACAUUAGCGAUGAAGGUAUGUAA